AUGGCUUUCUCAGAAUGGCGCAAGCUGCCGGUUAGCCUGUCAGAGUUGUGUAUUAAUACAACUCUUCGUUGUGGUCAAUCUUUCAGAUGGCAUAAUAUUGCGGAAAGUGAAGAAUGGCGAUGCGUACUUUAUGGCCGCUUGAUUUCUUUGAAACAAGAUUCAAGCUGUCUCUUCUACCGCACCUAUCAAUCUCAGUCAUCUGCUCUUCCCACGCCGCCUACAUCGGAGCUACCCUCUCGUGCGCAAUCGGACACCGAAUUUCACAUCAAAGAUGACCACACCCUCCGCAUUAUCAAGCAUUAUCUCAAUCUUUCGUCCAACCUGGGUGAUCUAUAUGCACAGUGGUCUUCGGACGAUCCUAACUUCAAGAAAAAAGCACCCCAGUUCACUGGAAUUCGGAUAUUACGCCAGGACCCGUGGGAGGCAUUGGUAUCGUUCAUUUGCAGUAGCAACAACAAUAUUUCACGGAUUUCCCAGAUGGUGGAAAAGCUAUGUCUUCAUUACGGACCUCUCGUUGGUACAAUUGAAGGUCGCGCCUAUCACGACUUCCCGACACCCGAGGCAUUAGCUGGUAAGGAUGUGGAAGGCAAUCUUCGCACAUUGGGAUUUGGAUACCGAGCUAGGUAUAUCUAUCAGACCGCUGUUAUGGUGUCUCAAGAGCGAGAGAAGGGAUGGCUGGAAAGCCUUUGUAACCCCGAGUCGCCUGCAUUUGGUGUGGAGGCACGGCCGGGUGAUGGGAUGAAACCCGAAGGCCGACAAGGAUACCGAGAUGCCCAUGAGAGCCUACUAGAGCUGCAGGGCGUUGGGCCUAAGGUUUCCGACUGUGUGUGCUUGAUGGGGUUGGGAUGGGGUGAAUCUGUGCCUGUUGAUACUCAUGUAUGGCAAAUUGCGCAGCGGGAUUACCGCUUCGGCAAGGGCUCCCAAAAAUCUUUGACAAAAGCAACAUAUGAUGCUGUGGCUAACCACUUUCGCAAACUCUGGGGCCAAGAGGCCGGAUGGGCGCAGAGUGUGCUUUUCACCGCAAACCUACGUUCUUUUGCAGACCGACUUGCGGCGACAAAGGUGGAAGCAGUUUUGAAAGAAGAUGACUCAAAGAUUGAGAUCAAGACUGAGACCAAGACUGAGACCAAGACUGAGCUCACAGAGUUAAUUUUGAUAGCCCCCGAGCAUGAUGCCGACGUGGAAUUGGAAGAGCCUGAGAGCAAGCCCAUGAUCAAAAACAAUGAGAAGAAACGCAAGGCAACAACAGACGGAGCCAUGCAUGUUUCGCAGACGACUGAAACACGACGGACUUCGAAGAGACUUCGACGUUGA